UCUUCUUUUCGUGAUGGACCUGCACGGAGGUUAACCUCAAAGCCGCUGGUCUGUGAGCAUGCGCAUCACAAAUUUGUUGCGUUGAGGAAGCGGAACUCUGCCGCUGGCUGUAACGACUCACGCACAUUCACCGCUGCGUCAACCUGAAGCUGGGACGUCCGAUGGUCCUGAAGGCAUCACCGCUGAGCUCGUUAGAGGGGGAUCCGCUCCAUGCCAGCAGUCGCUCCCGGGCUUCCAGCCGCUGAACGAGCAGCCAUGCUGAACCCGCAGAGGUCCGUGAGCGAGCUGCCCAAGAUGUCCGCCGCCAGCCAGGUGGAGAGGGCCGUGCUGGAGGAGGAGUUCAACUGGCUGCUGAAAGACGAGGUCCACGCCGUCCUGAAGCAGCUGCAGGACGUCCUGAAGGAAGCCUCCCGGCGGUUCUGCAUGCCGAACCCGGGCCUGGAGAGUCCGCUGAAGCCGGAGAACUUCAUCCUGGGCAGCUCCACCAUGGACCAGGUGAAGGGGGUGCUGACUCUGCAGGGGGAGGCGCUGACUCAGGCUGACAUAAACCUGAAGGUUGCAAAGAGCAGCCAGGUUCUGCACUUCCAGUUCAGAGAAGACAAGCAGUGGAAGCUGCAGCAGAUCCAGGAUGCCAGGAACCACGUGAACCAAGCUCUGCAGCUGCUCAGCAGCCGAGACGAGUCCUACCGCUUCAAGACCGGGGCUGAGGUCAACAAGCUCAUGGACGCCGUGAUGCUACAACUGACCCGAGCACGGAACCGCCUCACCACCCCGGCCUCCAUGACGCUGCCGGAGCUCGCCACAAGCGGACUCAUGAAAAUGUUCAGCCCUCCAAUGCCGGGGGACGUGAUGAUCAACUUCUACAUCAAUCUGAGCAAGCUGUGCCUGACCGUGUACCAGCUGCACGUGCUGCCCCCCAACACCACCAAGAACUUCAGGCCAGCAGGAAGCUCUGUGCUGCACAACCCCGGAGCCAUGUUUGAGCUCAACAGCAACCGCUUCGAGGUCAGCCACGUGCACAAGGUGGAGUGUGUGGUUCCCUGGCUCAACGACACGCUGGUGUUCUUCACCAUCUCCCUGCAGCUCUGCCAGCAGCUCAAGGACAAGAUAUCCGUCUUCUCCAGUUUCUGGAACUACAGACCUUUCUAACCCCGACUCCGUCUGAUCAGAGGGGGGGGGGGGGUCAUGCCAGCACUGUGUGUGUGUGUGCGUGUUCAUCACCUCAGCCCCGUCACGGCUCUGAUCAUCAUCCUCCACAGUGUGGGGUCAGGAAGUGACCUACAGAACCUCUGGGCCCCCCAACACUGAGGUUCCAGAGCAACACUUCCACUGACGCCUGAAUCCUUCAGUCUUUAACCCGAAGUGUUGAUCAGGAUCCAAACUCCAGACUUCAAAAAGAUGCCGCCAUGAAAAAGGAGUCUGUCAGUGUCUGUCAGGGGGUGUGACCCCCCCCCAGCGUCACAUGUGGCGUCUCGGUAGGACCACUUCAUGUGUGUUCGUCUCUGCUCCGCUGACAGCUCCUCAUGACAUUCCAGCAUCCAGAAACCGUUACUUUCAUUCUGCUGUUUGCCCAGCAGAUGCUCAGAAACGUCUGUCACCGUCUCUGCCCCCCUACGGGUCAGGACGUGGACACUGACCGACCCCCCCCCCAGGACGAGGACACUGACCGACCCCCCCCCCCCCCCCCCCCCCCCCCAUGCUGACUCAAGUUGCUAAGAUUCAGAGCGUCGGUUUGAUGCUCGUCUCCCGCUGAGGUGGACGUGUGCUGGACCAGUUCAGACAGUUUGUCCUCCUAGGAGACCCGGACGUUCGUCCUCAGACCUGUUCUCUGCUCAGACCUGCACACAUUUUGGGGGGGGUACGGCCUAAUCAUUCCACCUGCCAAGAUGAAGACCUCUUCCUCAUCUUCAUCCAACUUGACACUAAGCUUUGUGUGAGGAGAGGCUUCCUGCUGCGUUCUCCAUCCUCACGUGUUCGUGGGUUGUCAAGAAUAAAAUGAUGGAGGAAGAGCAGCGCCCUCUCUGCUCCUCUUCCUCUCCUGCCUGACCUUCCUCAGACGUGUGCUGCCGUGGCUGGAAUGGAGAGGAGGAAGCCAUGAUAAGCUGCAUAUGUCUGUGCUCGUAUUUAUUCCAUCCAGUGAGUGUUGUUUCCAAAAACUGUUAGUGAUGUCAAAAGUGGAAAUGAUUAAAUGUGCAAUAAAGCUGCUGACGCAGGUGUCGCUCCCCA